AUGGAUGAUCCUUUUGUUUCCCCCACCGAGGUGGUGGUUCCCCGCGAAUCGCAUAGGUAUUCAUCUUUCGAUACGCAAUUGUUCAGCCUGGAUGCAUCUUCGCCAGCACAAGUGAAACGGGCCCUUGAGGCCCAUUUGGCGGAGACAGAGCGCAGACUGGAGGAGGCAUCCAAGUUAGGUACAGCGCUCAUUGAACAGCAGAAGGAGCUCGAGGACAAGUUGAAAGAAGUCGAGCAACACCAAGAAGCGAGCCAGAUCGGACCGGACCUGCAGCGGAAACUCGUGGACCUGGAGAGAGAAUACAGGGAAAUUGGACGAGAGACAGCGCGGGCAUUCCUUGCGCCAAAACGUCUCGCGGGUGGUGAUGAUGGUCAUCUGGGGACCCCCUCACUUGACCAGAAGUCACCACUUAACCCCGCCUUGUUUGCUGGCCAAGCCACCAACUCUCCCAGCAAGGUGAGCGUGCCAUCGCGAAAACAGCGCAACCAACCAUCGAGCCGUGUCCAUGAUAUCGAGUUUGCGACCGAGAUCUCCACCUCCCUUCUAGCCCAGGUUCGUCAGUUGCAGGCACUGCUUGCGGAGCGCGAGGAGGCCCUGAGAACUGUGAACUUGGAGAAGUCAAGGCUUGAAAUCGAGGCAGAGGGGUAUACGCAGCGGAUCCGGGCAUUAGACGAGAGCGAAGAACGUUACAAGGACGAAAACUGGGCGUUGGAGACUCAGACCCGUGAGCUCAUGUCUGCGGUGAAAGAUGCUGCCGAUCGCGAAAGUAGACUCAACAGCAGCCUGGGUGCUGUUACAACGGAAAAGAGCACCCUGGAGCGAGAGUUGGAGGAUCUGAAACAAACCAAUACGAAAUUGAUUGAGGACCAGACGGCGGCACAAAAAGCAAACGACGCUGAAAUCCAUCUCCUGCGCAGAACUUGA